UCCUCCUGUGACAGUCACAAGGCCAUCGAACUCACCAGACAAGCUUGAAGAUGGGGACGUCCUGGAACUGUGCUUUUGUAUUGGCGAUCUUUCUCGCCAGGACUGGAGCUUCCCCUGCCAUCGUGAAUGGAACCCUGGGACACUCGGUUUCCUUGCUUCCUUCGAUCCCAGUCAGACAGGACAUGGAUGAGGUUGUGUGGAGAAGGUCAUCAUCCAGCACAAAGAUAGCACGAUACUUGGAACGGUCGAUUAAAUACUUUAAUACCAGUUACAACAACCGAAUAACUCUUCAUUCCGGAAACUUCAGCCUGGAAAUCCAUGAUCUGAGGAAAGAGGAUGCUGAUGAAUACGAGGUCAUUGUUACAGCAGGAGAUUCAGGAGACGAACGCAGAGAGCGUAUCCAACUUAAGGUGUACGAGCUUGUGUCAGGAGCAAACAUCACAGCUGAGAACAUCACAGCUGAGAACAUCACUGGGAGCUGCAACUUCACCUUGACCUGUGCCGUGACCUCAGGUGACCCCACCAGCUUCACGUGGUGGAGAAAUGGAGAAGCUUUGGUAAAAGACAGCACCUGGCACAUCUGGGUACUCGGAAAUAUGCUAGAGGUUCAUCACACUGCAGAGGUCGAGGACGCUGUGUACAUAUGUGAGGCCAGGAACCCCAUCAGUAAUGAAGCUGCAGAGAUCAAGCUGAGGGACAUCUGCAAAUUGAACACAUAUGCUGACAAAUCGUCAAACAGCAACAACAUUGCAGUCAUUGCAGCCAUUGCAGUCAUUGCAGGCACUCUAAUCAUCGUCUUUGUGGUUGCCAUUAAGAUGAAGGGCUCAGUUCGCUCGAUUUAUUUCACCCACGGGAGGAGGACAACAGAAGGGAGCAGGCCUGAAGACCCAAGUCCCUGCACUAUUUACUCAGAAGUUCAGGCAAUAAACAGAACAGCAACUAACCGGCAGCCUCCAGAGGGAAACGAGAUGGUUCACAGUCAAGAGGAGAUGAUGAAGAUUCCUCCCACCGUGUAUGACACCGUCAAGACCCCUAGGUCCCCUCAAAUAACCCACCAUUGUGAACCAGGAGACAACCAUCCUCCACGGAUGUGAUCCGUGUUCGACAGCCACAGUCAUGAGUGCUUGGGUGUUAAAUCAGGGUGGGGAUGGUGGGAGGGCAGAUAUUGCAAUGGGUUUCUCUUGUGGCCCAGGCAGUACCCCCGUGAGGGUAGGUGUGGGUGGGGUAGGUAGAGCAUGUAUAUCGGGUAACUUGCCCACCCCAUCCUUCACCCUUCCUGUUCAUACAGCUCACCGAGUACCAUCUGUACCAAACCCAUUCACCCCAACACCUGAUCCGUAGCCUCUGUGCUUUGACUAUUCAAGUAUUCUCCAGAUACUUUCAAAUCUUGUGAGAGAACUGUGUUUCAGGUUGCAAACUUGCUUUCCUGAGAUCCCCUCGAAUGCCUCUACUCCUCAGAUUAAACCUAUGCCCUCUGGUUCAGGAUUCCUCCAUUAUCUGCCAAUUACUAACUCAAGUUCAAGUUUAUUGUCAUCUGACUGUUUUUAUUUACAACCAAAUGAAUCAAACAUCCUCUGGAGUGUGGCACACCCACAAGUCGUAUACCACACACAACACAUAAAACAUCACAUUAUUACCACAAAUAAUAAAAUGUAAUUCCGAGCACAUGUAGUCUGCAGGACCAGUAAGCUGUUCACUAUCUGAGUGACGAGACCUCGGUGCUGACAGGGGAGGCAUUAGUCUCCCAGCCUGAGGGAAGAAUCUGUUCCCGAUCUGUCAGUCCCAGUCCUGUUGCUUCAGUACCUCCUUCCUGAUGGUGUUGGCGAUUUUGAGAUGGGUGGAAGGGGUCCUCAUCAAUACUUUGGGCUCUUUUAUCAACACUCCCAGUAAAUGUGACAAACAGGGGGAGGGAGACCCAGCUGAACCUCUCGGUGGCUUUUAUUCUGAGCGCACCAAGAAACUUCAUACUCUUCAGACUCUCUACAGCAGAGCCACUGAUGUGCAAUGGAGAGUGGUUGACAGGAGCCUUCCUGAAGUCCACAGUCAUCUUUUGUCUUGUCUACAUGGAGACUAACACAAAAUAUAAAAAUGGAUAGUAAAAGUUUUUAAAAUUAUAUAAAGUGGAAAAGGUUGGCUAAAGUGAAUGUAAAUCCCUUGGAGGAUGAGAAAGAUGAAUUGAUAUUGGGGAAUGAGAAAACAACAGAGGCUUUGAAUGAUUAUCUUGUGUCAUUCUUCACAGUGGAGGACACGUCUGGGGGUGUUCAUGCAUUGCAACACUUUUAAAGCAAAGUAGAACGAUUGCCUUAUAGUGCUGAGAAAAAGCAAUGUUGAGCGUUUAACAUGUCAUGUCCAACUGGUGUGAGAGAACUGCAUGAGCUUGCCCAGAAAAGACAGGUAUGCAGUAGUGCCACAAAGUCUGCAUUGUCACUGUUAAUAAAAUUAAUAAAGCUACUUUAGUUCUUAAUUCUAAGUUCUUAUCUGGAUUCUUGGACUCCACGUAUCCCGUACAUUUGCAGCAAAAUGCUUUACUCUUAAACUCAGUUCCUCUCACAAUGAAGGCCAAGAUUCCACUUGAUAACAUGUGACACCUGAAAACUACCUUUUGUAGUUCAUAUUCUGAAGUCACUCUUUCCCAGUCAGUCCUGAUGAAGAAGCUGCAGUGUGAAGAAAAGCUGUUCUCAAUCUCCCCGCAAGGAUGCUGACAUAAUGAGCUCUUUCUGUCUUCAUUACAGCCAUCCAGCAUUUCUCAUUUUUAUAACUCAAUGAAACAGGUCACGCAUGUCAGGUUGGAAUAGAGAGUAGUGUUUAUACCCUAAUCUAUAUUUCCUCAAUGCCCCACAGUUUUUGCUCCCAGAGCUGGAAUAGACAGUGUGACCCUGUUUUUGUUUAGCUUAUCCUCGCCACAGUCUUUGUUAGCAUCUACAUAGGCUGCAAGAACUUGAUACCUAUUCUGGAUCAAAUCCUCGUCAGCGGUUCCUUGCAACUGCCUUGUUCAUGAUCAUAUCACCCUGCUCAAGCUGCUAACCACUUUCAAGUAGUUUACGGUUAUGGCAGUGUCCUAGCAAUGUAUCAUUAGCGCAGAUCAGACUCAACUCAAAGCAGAAGAAUCUGAAGCUACUUGUGAAAGUAAAGGGAAUAAAAUCACCGGUGGUAGUUGUCUAUCAGCCACUGAAUAAUAUUAUAGUGGCUUAGGCAAUAAACAGAGAAACAGAGAGAGCGGGGGUAUUCCCUUCUGCCGCCUGCAUGGGCUGAUGAGUCUAUCGGGACCCUAAGGACUUGUGGAAACUGUGCGGUGGUUUCUUUUGAACUUAUAGUCUUUUAACAUCAUUGGACUAUUUUUACUGUGCCUAUGGUCUGUUUUUUUUUAAUCAAUUAUUCUAUUGUUUGCACUGUUGUAACUAUGUGGUUUUGUGCAGGUCUUGUAGCUUUAGUUUUUGGUUUGUUGGGUGGUAGAGUUGGUCUCCUGACUUAGUGUGUCUGGGUAGUCUUGUUUUAUCUGGUGGAUUUGGAGCUCCUUUCCGGGGAAUGUGCUAAGACAGUAACAUGAUUUUAAUAUGCAGCAGCCUCUCCGGACUCUGGAUUUGGGGAUUGCCAAAUGUUAUGUGGAUUUUCUGGUGUAGUCUGUUUUGUAGUGUGCUUUUGUGAUAUCAUUCUGGAGGAACAUUGU